AGGAGGGCGAGGGGCGGAACCCAAGCGGGCGAGGAGGCCUUGGCGUUGCCCUUUGGAGAGGGGAGGGCGGGGAAGGCGAGAGAGAGGGGCCAAAAAGCACCCACCCCACCCCCACCCCCCCGUCUCGAGCCUUUUUGAGGCGAGAAGCUGGGAGGAAGAAGCCAGAGCAGCAGCAGCAGGAGCUACGAUGGCGCGGCUGGUGGCAGUUUGCAGAGACGGGGAAGAAGAAUUUCCUUUCGAGAGGCGGCAGAUCCCGCUCUACAUUGAUGACACCCUUACGAUGGUGAUGGAGUUUCCGGACAACAUGUUAAACCUUGAUGGACAUCAGAAUAAUGGAGCUCAAUUAAAGCAGUUCAUUCAGCGGCAUAGCAUGCUGAAGCAGCAGGACCUGAAUAUCGCCAUGAUGGUGACCUCGCGGGAAGUCUUGAGCGCGCUCUCUCAGCUCGUCCCCUGCGUCGGCUGCCGGCGCAGCGUGGAGCGCCUGUUUUCCCAGCUCGUGGAGUCGGGGAAUCCUGCCCUGGAGCCCCUGACGGUCGGGUCGAAGGGCGUCCUCUCCGUGACUCCGAGCUGCAUGCGAGAUGCAAAGAAGCUUUACACGCUCUUCUACGUGCAUGGGUCCAAAUUAAACGAAAUGAUAGAUGCAAUUCCGAAAAGUAAGAAGAACAAAAGAUGCCAGCUGCACUCCUUGGAUACACACAAGCCUAAACCUUUGGGGGGUUGCUGGAUGGAUGUAUGGGAGCUGAUGUCCCAAGAAUGCAGGGACGAGGUUGUCUUAAUUGACUCUAGCUGCCUUCUAGAGACCUUAGAAACAUACCUGCGAAAACACAGAUUUUGCACCGACUGCAAGAACAAAGUUCUGCGGGCCUACACCAUCCUCAUCGGUGAGCUGGACUGCAGCAAGGAGAAAGGCUACUGCGCGGCGCUCUACGAGGGGCUGCGCUGCUGCCCGCACGAGCGGCACAUCCACGUCUGCUGCGAGACCGACUUCAUUGCCCACCUCCUCGGCCGCGCCGAACCCGAGUUCGCAGGAGGGUAUGAGAGAAGAGAGAGACAUGCCAAAACCAUAGACAUCGCUCAAGAGGAGGUUCUCACCUGCCUAGGCAUCCACCUUUACGAACGGCUGCACCGCAUCUGGCAGAAGCUCCGGGCGGAGGAACAGACGUGGCAGAUGCUCUUCUGUCUGGGUGUCGAUGCCCUGCGUAAAAGCUUUGAGAUGGCCGUUGAAAGAGUGCAAGGCAUCAGCCGUCUGGAGCAGCUGUGCGAGGAGUUUUCCGAAGAGGAGCGAGUGCGGGAGCUCAAGCAGGAGAAGAAGCGGCAGAAGCGAAAGAACAGAAGGAAAAAUAAGUGUGCCUGUGAACCCCCUGCUCCCUUGCAAGUGGGAGCAGAAGAGAAGGAGGCGAGGCAGGAGAAGGAAAAUUUCUUGGAAAGUGGCUGCAGAGCCUGUGGCGGCGCAGAGGAGCGGAGCGACUGUGUUGAGGUCAUUGUCACCAGCGAGAACACUUCUUGCUCAUGUCCUGCUGGUGGUGCUCUGCUGGGUUCGCCAAAAAUAAAGAAAGGUUUAUCUGCCCAUUGUAACGGCAGUGACUGUGGCUAUUCCUCCAGCAUGGAGGGCAGUGAGACAGGAUCACGGGAGGGCUCGGACAUUGCCUGCACUGAAGGAAUUUGCAACCACGAUGAAAACGGCGACGACCCUUGCAUCCACCGCUGCGAAGACAAAGAGGAAGAUGGGGACAGUUGCUUGGAGUGCUGGGCGAACGCCGAAGACAGCAGCCUGAAAGGGAAGAACAAGAAGAAGAAAAAGAAAAAUAAGAAGUGUGAGGCCGAGCAUAGUCAACAGCUGGGGAGCUGCCUUGUCGAGAUGCGUAAUCACGAGACCUCGGGCACUGCCGCCACCCACACAGAGUUCCACCGGGACAAGACUAAAGACCCGCACGCCGAAGCGUGUUGCCGCACAGAAAAGGCAGGGCAGCCAGUGCCUUGGUCGGAGCGCAGGAAGAUGGUGCCACCCUGCGCGAAUCCUCCAGAGACAGCCACCGACUCCGGGAAGGGUGCAAAAAGCUUGGUGGAGCUCCUUGAUGAAUCUGAAUGCACUUCUGACGACGAAAUGUUCAUCUCGCAAGAUGAGAUCCAGUCCUUUAUGGCGAACAACAAGUCUUUCUACAGCAAUAGAGAACAAUACCGACAGCACCUGAAGGAGAAAUUUAACAAAUACUGCCGUUUGAAUGAUCACAAGGGGCCAGUGUGCAGUGGCUGGUUAACAACAGCGGGAGCAAACUAAACCCAAUAAAAUUAGUUGUCUUUCAAUGAAAUUUUGAAGAUGCGUACUGCGCCUUUUCUCUGUUCAGAAGGGGGGGGAAAAGAACCCUUUCUUUAGCAACUAAACUAAAUCUUACUUUUUUAAAAAAAAGCAAAAUCAACGUGGCUGUUUUCUUUCCUGUUUUCCCUUUUUUCCCCUUUGCAGGAGGCUGGUGGAGUUAAUACCUUUAAUUUCUGAUCUUUUCCCCGCCUCCUUUCUGGCUUUCAUCUUUAGUUGUCGUUUUGGUUUUUUUUUUUUUUUUACCAGAUUGAGGGCAAACCUAGGCUUUCAUAAAUCAAGCCCACCUCUCCUUCUCUCUUCCUCUCUUUCCUUUCAUUUAAUGUUUCUCUUAACUGUGACACUUAACCAACAAAAAA